CUUGGCUUCCUUCAAGAGGGCUGGCUCAGUCUGGGAGAACUCACUCAGCAGCAGGCGGGAGAGGAACCGAGGCAGGAUGAAGAAGUCGCUUGUGCUUGCGCUGUGUCUCACCCUCCUGGCUUUCUUCUUAGAGGCCUCCCCGAUUCUGAUGGAAAAGCAGGCCAAACAGCUCCUGAGAUCCCGGAGACAGGACAGGCCAAGCAAACCUGGAUUCCCCGACGAGCCAAUGCGGGAGUACAUGCACCACCUGCUUGCCCUGGAGCACCGCGCUGAGGAGCAGUUCCUGGAGCACUGGCUGAACCCUCACUGCAAGCCCCACUGUGACAGGAAUGGGGUCCAUCCUGUGUAGGGGGAUUGGGACCAGCCUCGGAAGCAUUUUGUUGGCAAUGACCCGGAGAAUGGCAAAACAGAAUGAGAUUCCUUCUUUCAUUUGUUUUUAAACUGCGGAAAUGGAUAUCUUCAGACCUUAUGAACUGUGGGCAUGCCAAAAGCUGUCUUGGGAAUUGAUGGCAAAUAUAUAUGCUGCUUCAUUUUACUAACUUGCAGAAAUCAUUAAAACUAAUAGCUUAAAGUAUAGAGCCCUCAAAUGGCCUUCUUAUCAGUUUGUAAGGGGUGGUGA